AUGAAGACGCGAGUUCGUGGCGUGACGCACGCUUCACAAGAUAAGAAGUGGGAUUGCGGGGAGGCGGAUGGACCGAGGUUGCUUUCCCCGGGCGGCACCGCAGCCUUCUUCUCUGCAACAACCAAAUUUCUACCCAGCGCUCAGCCAGCCUUCAUGCAGUCUCCUCUGCAAGAAAUCCUCUCCCAGCUAUCGCUGACACAAGAAAUCAGGACAUCGCGGCUUACUUUGAGACCCUUUAGACAGGAUGACCUGCAGGUACUAUCCAGGCUGCGCGCCAUCCCAGAAGUGAUGCAAUGGACAAGUCAAGGUCGAGUAGACCGCGAUGGCGAAACACAAGCCUGGAUGAGCAUGUUCAUUUACGAGGGUGAUAGCUCUCCACGACACAACUUUAACUUCGUCGUCAUCCUGCGUGGAAAUCCUCCAGAAGACGCUUCCCAGCCGGGAUUCGCCGAAGACCAGAUUAUCGGCGUGUGUGGGCUGACAGCACUAGAUUCUUUACCCGUGUCACCCCUUCCUAACUUUGGAUACAUGUUUUUUCCAGAAACAUGGGGGAAAGGCUACGCUACCGAAGCUGUGAUGGGGUUCCAAAUAGCUUGGCAGCAUAUAAUCAGGUCUUACUAUGAUUCGGCCGUUUCAACACCCAAUGGCCCCAACCUCGGCCUGAUACGCGCCGUUACACUCGAGGGUAACAUGGGAAGUUCGAAGGUCCUCGAAAGGUGUGGCUGGAGGGUGUACGAAACUGCCGAGCGUGGACCACACGAGUCACGAGUCUUGAGGUGGGUUCUUGAUUCAAUGGCUACUUUAUAG